AUGCCGACAAAGAAGAAAGCAAGCGGCCGCAAGCGCGACCACCAGGCAGACCUUGCUGAGCUUGAAGAGCUCCGGAAGCAAAUCGCCGAACGGGACAAGGUGGAAGAGGCUCGCAAGGCUGAAGAAGCUCGCAAGGAGGAGGCUCGCAAGGAGGAAGAAGCCGCCCGCAAGGAGGAAGAGAGCCAGGGCAAGCGCCAAGUCAGCAGUCGGCGCCAACGUACACUUGUUCGUUGGGAUGUGGACACCGAUAUUAGACUUCUACUGGCCAUCCAGUAUGCAUGCAAUAAGCUCGGAUUCAAGAUUCCUUGGAAGGAUGUCGCAGAAGCCAUGGGAACGAAGUUCACGGAGGGUGCAAUCGUCCAGCAUUUGUCGAAGCUGCGCACCAAACGGGAGGAGCAGGAUAAGCCCAACCCGCCUCCACUGAAGCGUGCAGGAAAUGGUUAUCACAAGAACGACACAAACGGCAAGAAGGAAGUGAUGCCUUCUGCAAAGGAUGACGCUGCGCCAAGCACUCGCAAUGGAAAGCGCUGUCGCCGUAAUCCGUCCGAUGAGGAUUCCGAAGACAGCGUGUACACUCUCAAGAAGAAGCAGUUCAAGAAGAACAAGAAGAAGGACAAGGUCUUCGUUGCCCCCAAGCUGCGUACCAAGCGCGAAGAAACCGACAGCGAUGAUUCUCAGAAGCUGGUCUGUGUCGGAGCAGAGUGGCUCCGUGACUUCACCGAAGGCGAUGACCGUGCGAAUGACGACGAAUCGACUACUUCUGAGAGCGAGAACUCAACUGAAAGCAGCGAGUCUACUACCCAAGCUGCCAAGAAGUCUCAAACCAACAAGAAGUCAAAGAUGGUGAAGCUCCAGGUGGAUCCAGUGCGCAUGGCUAUUCUUGACGCCAAACUUCGUGACUCUGCAACUUCCCGCGAGCCUGUCACUCCAACCAACCCACCGCGCGUUGUGACCAACAUGGUACCCAUUCGUUCAUCUUACUACCCUUAUAUGCCUGCCAACUCUGGUGCCGCUUUCUCUCCUCAGACACCUACUCCAUUCUCAACCUGUGGAGCUUCAAUCCAAUUCCCUUCGAAUGGGCCAAGUCCAUUUGACUACGUCAACCGGUUUUCCCCUGCAACUUCCGAGGCUGUUCUCGGUGCUACUCUAAGCCCUGUCUCGGCUGGAGUGUCUGCUUUGGAUGAAAUAAACGCGACUGCGGCUUAUUCGCGGUUUGACAUGGCCCCCGAAAUGCAAUAUGCGGACCAGUAUAGCGGUCAAGGCACUUUCCCUAUCACCGGCUACCUGGAGACCAGUGGGUUUGAGAACCAGUUCCUAUCCGACAGUGAAUUGUUUGAUAAGCUUCCGGAAGUCGAGCCACCACGGUAUCUUGGGUAUGAGGGUGAGGACGUCAAGGAAUUUUAA